AUGGACGGAUGCGACUCUGUUCCCGCAUUCCCCAAGCCUGGGAACCCACGUGAGCAGGAGGACUGUGUCACUCUCAAAGCAGGAGGAAAGACCUUCAACUUCAAGAAGAGCAUCCUGAUCAAGGACUCCGAGUACUUGGCCACUUGCUUCAAGAACGAGAACUUUAUCGAGGGCAAGACUUUGACUGUCGAGUUCGACGACAUCGACCCCGACCUUCUCAGCAUCUACCUCCAUCUCGCAUUCAUGCAGGCCAUCAAGAACUCUGUGAAGUUUGACCCUGGCUUAAAGAAGGAGCCAAAGCGCCUGAAGCCCAUGGUCGACCUGUAUGAGAUUGCCGACCGCUUCAUGAACACGAAGAUGACCAAACUCGUUGGCUGCUCCAUCCUUGAAAUAGCUAUGGAUCAUCCUAUCAAAAACGUUACAUACGACAUGACUGCUCUGGAACGAUCUUGGUCUAUCAAGAACUACAAGGAUGCAUUCGAGGCCCUUGACUACGGAGAUCACGCUCGGGAAGAACCCCAAACCUCGGUGACGCUCCAGUGUGGCGACAAGACCUUCGUCUUCAACAAGGCCAUACUCACGCAGUACUCGGAAUUUUUCGCCGCCGGCCUGAAGGAUGCCACCGCCGCCGAGUGCGAGGCCAACACCAUAACAUUCAACGACAUCGAACUCGAGCAUCUGGAUGCGUACCUUCAAUUCGUCUACUGCAGAUCCGUCAGCGAGAGUCUGCUCAAGGAGCGGAUCGAGGCCCUGGGCGAGCACAAGAAACUCGUCUUCCCCGUCAAAGUCUGGCAGGUCUCCGAUCGAUUCCAGUCCAAGGCCCUUUGCACCGCGCUCGGAGCUCAAAUUGCGAAGCUUGGAUAUGAUUGGGAAUACUCGAAUCAAAACGAUCGCGAAUGGUGGGUUAACAACGUCAAGGCUGCUUUCGAGGCAUUCGACGAGCAUGCCGACAGCCAGGUGAAGCUUCGGGGCCAGGUGGUCAAGCAGUUCAUUCUCGACUUUCCGUCCGAGCAUCUCCAUUCUGUUCUCGGCCUGGCCGAUCUCAGCCCGUCGUUCAUUCGCGAGCUUUGGAAGGCCCUGUCCGCCCAUGCCUUCGACACGGAGAACCAGCUUCGCGAUACGAAGACGAGGGCUCAAAACCAUCAUCAGAGGAUUAUGACGUUGGAGCGCGAUAUUCAAGCUUGGCGCAAGCGAGUCGGCGAGCUGGAGGACCAGGUUGCAGAGUUAGAAGAAGACAGGGAUUACUGA